GUUUUGUAACAGUAUACGUGGUGGUUGCAGUGUAAUAACGUCGCGGUGACACGCGGUGUGUUUGGACGAAAGAAAAGUGUCCUUUGUGUCACAUUGAAUUUAUAUCAUGACAAGAUCCAAGAGUUCGUCAAGUGGCAACGUAUACUUUGCAUGAACGUGCAACGGUGAUCAUGGAUCAGCUGAUUAUCUUGGUGUCCGUGGUUCACCUGCUAUAUUGCCCAUUUACGAAAGUUGAGGAGAGUUUCAAUCUGCAGGCGAUGCACGAUGUUCUUUAUCAUGGCUUCAAUUUAACGGAGUAUGAUCAUCAUGAAUUUCCUGGAGUUGUGCCACGUUCCUUUUUGGGACCUAUUAUCGUAUCUGGUCUUGCUUCACCAUUGGUGGCAUGUAUUAAUUACUUAAAGCUCAAUAAAUUUUUUGCUCAGUAUAUAGUAAGAGCAACAUUGGGACUAUUGGUAAUAUCUACGUUCAAAUUAUAUAGACAGGCUUUACAAAAAAUCUUUGGGGUGCAAUUUACAAAGUGGUUCAUGGCUAUAACUGUGACACAGUAUCAUUUUAUGUACUAUCUUAGUCGUCCACUGCCAAACAUUAUGGUUAUGCCUUUAGUAUUACUGGCCUUAUUUGGAUGGUUGAGGAAAAGUCAUGUGUUGUUUAUCUGGUCAUCGGCUGCAGCUAUAAUAAUAUUCAGAGCAGAACUUGCCAUACUUUUGGGAUUGUUCCUCUUACACAAUAUAGCGAGCCAGACACUUUCUGUACAAAGACUGCUUAAAAUUGCGGUUCCAGCUGGUGUAUUGUUCUUAGCACUUACUAUUGCUACAGAUUCAAUAUUCUGGAGACGCUUAGUAUGGCCAGAAGGCGAAGUAUUUUAUUUCAACACUAUUCUUAACAAAAGCAGCGAAUGGGGUACAUCACCAUUUUUAUGGUACUUCUAUUCAGCCCUGCCAAGAGGUCUAGCAUUUUCAUAUUUUCUAAUUCCUCUUGGGAUGUUCUGGGAUAUUAGGGUUCGCGUGCUUACUGUUCCAGCUAUUCUAUUCGUUAUAUUAUUUUCAUUUUUACCACAUAAGGAAUUGAGAUUUGUAAUAUAUGUAUUCCCAUUGUUAAAUGUUGCUGCAGCUGCUGCUUGCCACAGAAUAUGGGAAAACAGAGCAAAAACGACGUGGAAUAGUUUUCUAGCGAUAGUAGUCUUGAGUCAUCUUGUAUUAAAUGCUAUAUUCUCCAUGUUUUUACUGUGUGUGGCCAGUUUUAAUUACCCUGGAGGUUUGGCAAUUGCUAGAUUACACAGACUUGAGAGAAACUCUAUCGAGCCAAUACAUGUGCAUAUUGAUGUGUUAACUGCACAAACCGGAGUAUCAAGAUUUACACAGACAAAUGCUUCUUGGAUUUACUCAAAACAAGAAAACCUUACUAUUGAUGAUCCUGAAAUGCUACAAUUUACUCAUCUCUUGAUAGGAGGAAGAAACAAAUUUUCACCGAGUAUAAAGCCUUAUCUUAAAACUCAUGAUAUUAUUGAUUCUAUCGAUGGGUUUUCGCAUAUAACAUUAAAUUAUAAUAUGUUACCACCUAUUAGAAUUAAAACAAGGCCUAGCAUAGUAGAUGAUAUAAAAGAUGUAAAACUAAACAUGUCUUUUAAAGAAGAAAUAAUUAAUAAAGUUGUAGACUCACUGGAAAAACUUGAAGAGGCAAAAGAAACUGUUGAACAAAAUUUUUCAGAUGUCGAAUUUGAAAAGACUAAAAAAGGAAAUGAUGUAAUGAAAAAAGAAGUAGAAAUAUUUGAUUUGGCAGAUGAUAACAUAUCUAUGGAAAAUACUACUACAUGGGAAGCUGAAAGUAUAAAUAAAUUAUCGUCGGAUUCAAGAGAUAAAAACGAAGAAAAUAUUGAUUCUCAGAAAGAUUUCAAUAUUAUUUCAGAUAUUUCAGAUAUCAGUGAUGUGAAAUUUGAUAAAAAAAUAAAAAUUGAAGAAAAUAUUAAGGGAAAAUCUAAAGAAGAUACAAAUUUACGUCAAGAAACUCAAGGUAUUAAAGAAAGUAUAAAAAAAAUAAUUCAAGAAAAAAUGUUAGAGGCUAAACAGAGGAGAGAAGUCAACGAUGAACGAAAAAAUAUAGAACUUCCGAUAAAAUCAAUGAAAAAGAAAGGAGUAACACAUAUGUUAAAAAGAGUAGAAAUAUUGAAACAGGAAUUAAAAGAAUCACCAAUUUUUAUAGAUAAAUCAACAAUAACGGGAGAAGAACUUAAGAAAGAACAUGUAAAAGAUGAACGUACAAUUAGUAAACAGAAAUCAGUUUUACAAAAGAAAGAUAAAAUAAAGGUAAUAAAAUCAGAUAAUUUAGAACAAUCUGAGGAUAUAACAGAAGAAGAGAACGAAAUUGUAGAUGUAAAAACAGACGCAAAAAAGAUUGUAAAAUCACGACAUAAAGUUAACGCAGAAUUCCCUGAAACAAAAAUUGCAGAGGAAGAGAAUAAGGAAGAGAAAAUUAAACCAUCUAAAUUAGUGAAUGUAAGAGAAAGUAUAAGAAAUAUAAUAAAUCAGUUUAAAGAAUUUGAAAAAAAUUUCAUACAUGAUGAUACAAUAGUAUCAAAUGAUAUGAGUAAUGCAAAUUACAUUGAGAGUGAUUCACCUAUGGAAGUGGAUUAUUCUGCAGAAAAUGAUGGUCAAGUAAUGAUAAAAGAUGCUAGAGAAAGUCUUAAAGAAAUAAUAGAUCAAUUUAAAUAUAUUAAACAUGAAUUAACUUCAGAGGAAGAUGAUCAAUUCGACGAAAUUGCAGCUAAAUAUAUGGAACGGCCAAUUGCUGAAACAUUGCUGCAAUUUAAUGAAGCUCUAAAAGCUCUAAUACAACAAAGAAAAAAAUCUUUAUCAAAAGAACAUGCAGCUAACUUACACGAUAAUACAGAUACUUAUAUAUCAGAAAGUCAAAGAAAAUCUGUUACAGAGAAAUCCAAUGUAGAUAUUAUAAAUAUCGAUGGAAAAGAAAGCUUACAGAAAAAUAGAGAAUGAGUUAUAAGAAACUUUAUUUAAUAAUGUUUCCAAGUAACUUUAUUAAGUGUUACUAGUAAGACGAACGUAUAAUAUUGUAACAUAAUGUAAAUAUGUUUUUCUGUGAUAUCACAACAUAUUGUAUUUUUUAAUAUAUGCUCGCUUAUUAUCAAUAUUGAAAGUACAAAAUUGACUUUCCUACAUGCGAUAGAGAAAACAAAUGUUAUACAAUUUUUCAUAUAUUUAUAUCGGAUAUGAUCUAAAUCAUUAUGGAGCACAAAAUUACGCAAUACG